AUGAAGAACGACCCUAGUUUUCAUUAUACUACGCAUAAUGAUGUAAAAACAAGUGCUCGUCAGAACAAGGGACUUCCGGGAGGUGCAACCAUCUCAAAUAAGAAAACUGAGGUGACUCAUGACGUAGGAACGUCAACUUCAAAAUCACUGUGUCCCUUUCAUUUGACACUCAAACGUGAACUCCCACACACACUAAAUGAGUGUGUAGCUUUCCGUCGGAAGUCGUUAGACGAUCGUAAACGAUUUGUGCGUGAAAACGGCAUUUGUUUUAAGUGUUGUGGAGAUAAGAAACACAGAGCUAAAAAUUGUAAGGCCUCUGUCAAAUGUGGAGUUUGUAAAUCUGAUGCCCAUGCCACUGCAUUUCAUGACUCAAAUCCUAAUGAACCAGACUCUGCUACUGACAAAGAGCAGACCGAAGUGAAAUCGAUCUGCACCCAGAUCUGUCAAACUACGUAUGGAACAAGCAAAUCUUGCGCCAAAAUUCUGCCUGUAAAGGUCUACCCUGAGAACAAUCCUCACAACAGUCGUACGAUAUACGCGCUCGUGGACGAUCAGAGUAGUCAUUCAUUAGCUACACCGUCAUUCUUUGACGCCUUCAGUGAACAUGGUCCUCAAUAUCAGUAUGUUUUAGUUUCCUGCGCUGGAAAGAAACCGAACCAUGGCAGAAGAGCUGAUGGUUACGUUAUACAGUCUGUAGACAAUGCAAGUUCCCUAAAACUUCCAACUCUUAUUGAGUGUACUGAUAUCCCAAAUAACAGAAAUGAGAUACCGUCGCCAGAGAUAGCAGAACAUUUCUCCCAUCUGCGUGACAUCGCUGAAUAUAUCCCCCCUAUAGACUCUCAUAUGGACAUUGAGCUCUUGAUAGGCAGGGACCUUAUUGCCGCUCAUCAUGUUCUCGAACAACGAGUCGGAGAGGACAGACACCCUCUCGGACAGAAACUUCCCCUCGGCUGGGUCAUUUUGGGUGAGGUGUGUAUGGACAAGGUACAUCUCCCAGAAACUGUUAAUGUUAACAAAACAUUCAUACUUGCCAGUGGUCGCCCUUCUUAUUUUCAACCUUGCGAGAACAAGUUGUCUGUCGAUCCAUUCCAGAAGACCGAAAAUGAUGAAAAGACUGGGCUUUCUAUUGAGGAUCGCAUGUUUUUACAACUCAUGGAUUCCGACUUUCAGAAAGGGCAUGAUGGCCGUUGGAUAGCCCCUUUGCCGUUUCGCACAGACAGAUCACUUCUUCCGGAUAAUAAAUAUCAGGCAGAGAAGCGUGCUAAAGCUCUGGACUCCAGUCUCAGACGUAACCCAACGAAAAGGAAACACGGCGAUUUCAUGCAAAAAAUAUUUGAUCGAGGACAUGCCGAAAGGGCACCUUCUAUCCCACCCGACAAAGAGCGUUGGUUUCUCCCUAUGUUUGGGGUAUAUCACCCAAAAAAGCCAGACUCGAUACGUGUAGUCUUUUAUUCAUCUGCUAGACACCAAGGCGUGUCACUGAAUGAUGUGUUGUUGAAAGGACCUGACUUAUCAAAUUCAUUACAAGGCAUCCUAUUGAGAUUCCGUCGAGAGAGAAUUGCUAUGACAGCCGAUGUGGAGCAGAUGUUCCAUAAUUUUCAUGUCUGUGAAGAUCACCGUGAUUUUCUACGUUUCCUAUGGCACCCAAACAACGACCUUGACGCAUCUCUGGAAGAGUACCGUAUGACUGUUCACGUUUUUGGGAACAGCCCCUCUCCAGCCAUAGCUACGUACGGCCUACGCAAGUCAGUAGAACAUGCCGAUCUGGAUGUCAAUGGUUUUGUCGACCGUAAUUUCUAUGUGGACGACGGACUUGCUCUAGCGUUGAGGAAGCUGUCAGCCUUAUGA